AUGUCUUGCGCCGCCUCGCAACGCUGCCUGGUGCAGCUUUUACGCGAGCCAGGUCGGUCGAAAUCGGUUCCCGCGUUUCUUGUUCCAGCUCUUUCUCAGCCAUUGAGGGCACGAUGCUUCUCAACCACGCCUCCCGCCCGUUCUCGUGUCGGCGGUGCGCCCGUCUCAGUUCCCCCAGAGGUCAGCUUGAAACUCAUUGAUCUUCCGCAGACCCAGGUCCGCGGGAAAUCAAAAGAGGCUGCAAAGCUGGCUAUUGAGGUCAAUGGCCCGUUAGGCCAAAUGACACUGAACAUCCCUCCGUUUGUCAAUAUCAACCACGACGAGACUGCGAGAAAAGCCACGAUUUCUGUUCAGGAUACGGAAAUUCCUCAUCAACGGGCUAUGUGGGGAACGACACGCGCUCAUCUGCAGAAUUACAUCCUCGGCGUGUCUGAAGGCCACAUUUGCAUUCUGAGUUUGGUGGGUGUUGGUUACAGGGCGACUGUUGAGCCAACUGCAACCACCGUGACUUCGGAGUAUCCAGGCCAACAAUUCGUAUCCUUGAAGGUUGGAUACUCACAUCCGAUUGAGCUGGGCAUUCCAAAAGGCGUUAAAGCUUCGACUCCACAACCGACUAGGAUCUUGCUCGAGGGUAUUGACAAAGAGGUCGUGACUCAAUUUGCCGCUGAGAUCAGGGCGUGGAGGAAACCAGAACCAUAUAAGGGCAAGGGUAUCUUCGUGAACGGUGAGACGAUCCGUCUCAAAAAUAAGAAGAUCAAAUAG